CUUAUGCGCAGACGUCAUUCGGUCGGUCUGGCCAUAGAGGCGCGAGGUCGCCCUCCCCUCGUCGCUAAUUGUGUUUCCUAUCGAGUGACAACUUGUUCGUCCGUUAGCGCAUUGGCUGCCCAUCGGCGCAGCUGUACACACACGCGCGCGCGCACACACACAUACACACACACACACACACACGCGCGCGCGCGCGCGCAGGCACUCUCCUGCUCCGCCGGCUGGGUCCGUCCGGUGCGCCUCUGCGGUCGGUUCGGGACGGUAUCGGGCUCCGCUUUUAUGAAUGACUAACGAAGCGGGGGGGGGGGCAAUGAGACUCCCCAGCAGCAGCAGCAGCAGCAUCAGCCGUGCUCCCGGGGGGGGCAGCCCCCGAUGAGAGGGAUUAACGUCGGAGCGGAGCCGCGGCUCAUUGCGGAAAAGCCGAGUCUGACUGCAGACUGGCGCGGAAAACGCACCGCGAGGGAAACGGGCUCCACGGCGUGAAGAAGCGGAACCGAUCGCCGCGGUGAACACAAUGUCCAUCCACAUCGUGGCUCUGGGCAGCGAGUGCCCCGGAGGAGUCGGGCCCGGGGAGGAGAUCAUGGGCCAGGGGCAGCUCCAGGGAGGCCUGCUGUGGAGCUACCUGGGCCAGGGAGCGCUGGUGGGACCGUGCGACCUGGAGAGCAGCAUUCACAACCCGGCCUUUAUGGAGUACACGUCGCGCGUGUUCGGAGACGUCACCGUUGUGGUUCGGGAUUGCCCCAGCUGGGACCUGUUGGACAGCGAUUGGACAAGCGUACGGAAAGUUCUCGAACAGGCCGACAUCCUGGUUAUUAAAUAUUCCGUCACGGACAAGCUGGCCUUCCAGCAGGUCAGGAACAACUACGCGCCGAGACUCCGCCCGCUCCUGAGGCACUGGGGCGUGCCGGUCAUCCUGGUCGCUGUCGGGGCGCGGCUCAACGACGAAGGCCCCCCGUGUACGUGCCCGCUGUGUGCGUCCGACUGGAGCAGCUGUGUGCCUCACAGCGAAGGUCUGCAGCUCUCCCGGGACCUGGGGGCCACGUACCUGGAGCUGCCCUCACUCAACCACGUCUUUGUGGGGCGCUACUUUGGCAGCGUGCUGGAGUACUUCAUGAUUCAGUGUCUGAAACACAAAGCCAAAGAGAGGCCGGAGAAGAGGCGAGGAAAUAAAGUCAACGAUCUCCGCCCCCCUCACUUGGAACAACCAGCACGUCUCCCGCCCAUCCGAGUGGAGGAGUCCAGCUUCUCCCAGGACAUGCAGUGGUUGCUGGAGCGUGGAGUGCAGUUCGCCGAUGUGGCGUUCUACGCCGGGGACUCUGGCAAAGAGCUGGGCUGGGCGCAUGCGGCUGUGCUCUGUGCGGUCAGUCCCUACUUCAGACAGCUGCUCCUGGGGCCCAAGGCCAGGGAACGUCCCCAGUCGCGCUGCGUCUGCAGAGAGCGGGACGGAGGCCCUCCCUCGCUGCUCUCCACCUGGGACGGGGGGAUUAUCGAUGACAUGCCACGAACAGAGGGCCACCUGACAGGACGCCUCUCCCGCCUGGUGGUGAAGGAUCCCCUGCUGUGUAUGUGCUUGUGGGAGACUCUCAUGUUCAUCUACAGAGGAGCGUGGGAGUGGGAUCACCUUCAGGAGGCCUUGGAUGAGAAGCUGAAGAAUUCACUAGCUGUGGCUCAACUUAUGGAGCGCAUACGAUCCCUCAUCGGCAAAGACAGGGGCCCGAGAGACACGCCAAGCGCCCGGGCAGCUCAUCUCGGCCCCCAAACUCUAGUCAACCUCUUCAAUUCUCCUCUUUACUCUGAUGUCAUCUUCAUGGUGCAAGGGAGUGUGUUGCCAGCCCAUCGAGCAGUGCUGGUGGCACGCUGUGACGUCAUGGCGGCCAUGUUCAGUGGGAAAUAUGCGGAGGCCCGGAGCCGAGUGGUGCCCAUUCACGGUGUCUCCUCAGACACCUUCCUGGCUUUCCUGGAGUACCUCUACACUGACUCCUGCUGUCCUGGACAUCCAUCAUCACGGAUCACAAAUCAAGCCCCCCAACUACAGAUGAUUACUGCUUCAGAAAGCCCAAACAAAUCAAGAUUGUACACUUCUGAGAUACAGCCAUAAACUUAGCUACUGUAAACCUAGUUAAUUAAAACACUAUAUGUCAUCCAUGUCAGUAUAACGAAGCGGCUGAAUAGACAACAUAAAGGCUCAGAAUAAUCUGUCCUGAAUAACCAGCUACUGAGAGCUCACAAUCUCAUUUUGGGGGCAUUUUGAGACGUUUUGAUAAAUGAAAUACAUGAAAAAACAACCCUUAAGAUUCGGCUUUGGCGCACAGAGGGUCAGCAAGCUGUUUCCAGAGAAACGGCUUCAGGUCGCGUCACGGGAACACGAGGCAUGGAGCUGCAGCCGCUGCACUGCUGUUAUGUAAGAGCUCAAGGUCAAAACAAGGUAACUCCAGCAGUAGCCACAUGACAUCGAAGGAGCGCAUUUCUCCCAUGCAAAUAUUGUACAGUCUACACACUGUCGGAUGGAAGGCUACAUCACUACGCCUCAUUUCUAUGUUUCUAGGUGAACCGUAUGCAGCAGUGUUUGUUGGAGGAAGCACGUUGAGGGUUGUGUGUGACUGACUCAUCAGUAACAUCAGGAGUCAUCAGAUUUGACAUUUUGUACUUAAAGACUUUGGUAAAAAGACUGACAUUUGGAUUUACUGAUGCAUGAAAGGACGCCAUUUGACUGCUGACAGCAUUAGGACUUAAAUAUGGGAGACUAUAAUAGAAAUCUAAAUAUACCAGUAUUGUGUUGUAGGGCUGGAUUUGAACAGAUGGAUUGGGUUCACAAUAUCAUUUUCUUUAAAAGAGGUGUUGGAAAUAUUGUUUUAGCACAUUUUUGAGCUAUGCGUCUGCAUAGCUCAAAAAUCUGCAUGGUCACUUGAUCUAGAUGGCCCAACAUUCAACCACGUCAAUGCGCUUUUUACCCUUUGAUUUCCAACCUCUGUGUGCAGUACAUAAAAAAGUACUUCUACUUUGUCACAUACUGUUUAUAAUUCUUUAGGAAAUACACACAAAAUGCAUUUAUGUCGAUAAAUAUAUAUAUAUAUUUUUUGAAAUGCCGCUGGUAAUUGUGCUUGUCCUCUGUUCAAAACACAUUUGGGCCAAUAACCAUAGAAACACUCCAUUUACUCCAGGGAAUGUUUCCAAGCGUCCAAAAUACGCCUGAAGGCCUACAGACUUGAAAAAAAAUGUUGCAACCGCUACAACAAGGAAUGCACACAGUGACUCCUUCCGCAUGUGCAUGUGCAUCACAGUGCUGUGUGCCUUUUUGUGUGUCCAGCCAGCGUGCUGCAGGCCAUGGCCGUGCUGGUCUGUGCGGAGAUGUACCAGGUGAAGCGUCUGCAGCAUCUGUGUGAAGUGUGCGUGUGCGCUUACCUCCAGAGCAUGCCCAGCAGAGAGCUGUCAUCCACGGGUA